AUGUUUCCUCCCAAAGGGCCCAAUCACUACGGCCAGCAGCCGCCUUAUGGCGGGCAGCAGCCGUACGGCCAAAUCCCUAGUAGCACUGGAUUUGCAGCCCCUACAGCGGCAGGUGGCACUGAUGCUGGUCGGUUUGGUGCGCGUGCAGGACAAGGGGCUGCUGCGCAGUAUGGAGGGCCUUAUGCAUCAGUGUAUGGCACGCAACAGGUUGGUGGAAUUGGUGGCAAAGGUCCAGCUUCUUCAAGUCUUCCUAGCUUGCCAACUCGUCCAACUUCGCUCGCUGAGUCAUCCAAGUUCUCAUCUGCACCUGUGGUGUCUGGCCUGGCAAGACCAAAUGAUGACUAUAUGGCUGUGCGUGGUUAUGCACAGAAGCUAGACCAAUAUGUCACUGAUUAUCCACUAGAGAGAAGGAUGUAUGGUGAACACUCAGCCAAUCUUGGUAGGAGAGAUGGCCUCAGUGAUUUGGAUAGAAGAUACACCGAUCAGAUAGCUACUGGUCAUCAGGUUCAUGAUCAUAUGGAGCAGGGUUCAUCGAUGCGGCACCAGCAGCUCCUGAAAGGUCAGCUGCAGCCUGGAUCUGAUACGAGACAAGCCGAUUACUUUGCAGGAAGGUCUGCUCCAGUCCAUCAAGCAUCCCAGGAAAUUGGUGUAUAUGGAAGAGUUGAAGCUGAUAAUCGCAACAUGUCCAUUCUUGGGACUGCUCCAUAUGGAAGACAGCAAGCAGCCUCAUUGUUGGAAGGAGCUCCAAGGACAAACAUUGACAGCCUCUAUGGACAAGGUUCAUCAAGUACUGGUUAUGGCGCAGGUCUUCCUCCUGGACGUGAUUAUGCCUCGGGGAAAGGCCUCCUCCAUCCAUCUUCAGAUCCUGAUUACCGAGAUAGCAUCUUACCCCGUGUACAUCCAGGCGUCUCAAUGGUUGAUGAUCGUAGAGUUGAUCGGAUUGGUUAUCGUCGUGAACUGGAUCUAAGAGAUGAAGAACGUAGAAGGGACCUACUGCUGGAACGAGAAAAGGAGCUUGAAUGGGAACGCGAACGGGAGCGGGAGCGCGAGUUACGGGACUUUCGAGACCAUGAAAGAGAAAGAGAAAGAGAACGUGAAAGGGAAAGGGAUCAUGAAAGACUACUAAGAGAACGCGAAAGAGAAAGGGAACGCGAACGUGAAAGAGAGCGUGAAAGAGAACGCCUUCGUGAGCGCCGGGAGAAGGAGAGAGAGCGGGAUAGGAAGCAUGGAGCUGAUCCAAGGCGGGAGCUCACUUCACCUAGAGGCCCUGGUUUUGCCAUUUCGCCCGUGGAUGAUGAGAGGGAUUAUCUGUCCUUGACAAAACGGUAUCCCAGACUUGCAAUUACUCCAGAAUUUUCUAAGAUUGUCUUGAACUGGGCUAAAGAAAACUUAAAUCUUCCUCUGCAUACGCCAGUGAGUUUGGAGCAUGAUAUCCUUGAUUCAGAUGAUGGUACUGAUGAAGGAGCAAUUGUCUCUACUGAGAAAACAUCAAGCUUCAAUACUCCAGCCACCAUUUGGAAUGCAAAGGUACUAUUGAUGAGUGGCUUGAGCAAAGGUGCCUUUGCUGACAUAACUUCACUGAGAAGUACCGAGGAACGAGUUGUGCACUUGAACAAUAUCUUAAAAUUUGCUGUAUUCAAGAAGGAUCGUUCUCUUUUUGCAAUUGGAGGCCCUUGGAAUGCAGCAGUAGAUGGUGGUGACCCAUCAGUUGACUGUUCUUGCUUGAUUCGAACUGCCAUCAGAUGCGUUAAGGAAAUGGUUCAGGUUGAUCUAUCUAGUUGCACCCACUGGAACCGUUUUGUUGAGGUACAUUACAAGAGAAUAGGCAAAGAUGGACUCUUCAGUCAUAAAGAAAUUACUGUUCUGUUUGUGCCAAACUUGUCGGAAUGCCUGCCUUCAGUGGAUGUAUGGAAGAAUAACUGGAUUCUGUACAAAAAAUCAAAGGCAGAAAGGGAGCAGCUCACUGCUAAAAAGGAAAAGAGCCCUGGUGAUUCAAAAGAGCAGAUGCAAGGGGAGCUGAACAAGGGUAAAAGGUUAGAUGCUGAUCAAUUAAAAGAGGGUGAUCUUGGUUGCAGUGAUAUGAAAAAUGAGAAAGGUGAUGCUGAUACGAAACAACAAGAUAAUGAUGGAGAGGGUAAGGUUAAAGUUGAGGAACCUGUUCAGAAGAUGGGUGGGGAUGUUGAAGGAAAAACUACGGGUGACUCCUCUAUUGACCAUGCAGCUGGGGAUAAAAAGCCCACAAAAAAGAAAAUAAUAAAAAAGGUUGUGAAAGUUGUUCGGAAAAAAACAACUGGACCUUCAGCUGAUAAAUCUUCUUCUGAGGACAAGAAUGCUGUAGCAGAAUCUGCAAACAAAACUGCAGAAGGGGGGCAGAGUCAACAAAAGAAUGAGGAUGCUGGAAAAGAACAAGAGGGAGCUGGCAUAAGUCAACAGCCCGAAGCAAAGAAAACUGGAAAGAAGAAAAUAAUUCGAAGGAUUGUUAAAAGGAAAGUUUCUGGUUCAUGUUCUCAGUUGACUGCCCCUGCUACACCUGCUGAAACUAGUAAGCAAGAAACAGAAGUUCAGCCAGAUAAAAAUGUUGAGAGCUCAACCGAUGUUGGAAAUCCUCAGACUAAGCUGCAAGAAGGGUCAAAAAUUCCAUCUGGAGAAGAUAUCUCAAAUCAGAAGAAAGAAGAGAAGCCAGAGGAAAAGGAACACCCAUUGACUGAUCGCAGUUCAAAUGAGGAUAAGGGCAAUCACAAGGAAGCUAUGGAACAAAAAAGAUACGAAAAAGGAUGGAAAGAAGGAUAA